CUUAAUUUGGUCUAACUUAGAUGGUCAUGAAAACAAUAUAGUAUAACCCUACUUGAAAUUGUUCAUAUAUAUGUUCCACAAAUUAAUUAAUGGUGGGAAUCCAUAUCAUUGUGCCCUCGAUGAAGAAUGCUCUUGACUUCGUGCUUAUCAUAACUGUAUUGGCAGGUUCUCUGAGUUGUACAUGCUUGGGGGACGAUGGAAACGGUGGCGGUGAUGAUCAUAAAGAGCCAUGGAGGGAUGAAGGUGCAGCUGAGAGUUGCUACCGGAACUGGCGGAGCUGUGGGAGCUUCUUUGGAGGCGGCGGUGGUGGAAAUGGUGGAGCAGGAGAAGGUCAUGGGAGUGGAUUCGGAGCAGGAGUCGGUGGUGGAGGAGGGAAGGGCAAUGGGAAGAGUGUUUCUGGUGGAGGAUAUGGUCAUGGUAGUGGAUUUGGUGCAGGUGCUGGCAUCGGAGCUUCAGGUGGAGGUGGCGGAGGAGGAGGCAGUAACAGUGCUUCAAUAGGAGGAUAUGGAGCAGGUGGUGGUAUAAGUGCCAAUGCAAUGGGGACCGGCGGCGGUGGGGGUGGCUCUUGAUUGAUUGAACAAUGAAUUACAGAAGAUUCCUUCACCAUCAUUCGUCGUAAAUAUAUCGUAAGACUCAAG